AUGAUAAACUUAUGGCAGGUUUGGUUUCAAAACAGAAGGGCGAAAUUUAGAAAACAAGAACGUCUAGCACAACAGAAAUCUUCCAACAUUAAUUCCGAUAGUCCAAAUCCAACAACGAAUAUUAAAGCAGAGAACAAUAGUUCCACGAAGAACUCUAUCAGUAGUAAUAAAGAUAACGUUAAACCAGGAUCACCUCAUUCCAGCAUAUCCACGACACCCAAUUCGAAUACGAGUAGUAUAUCAAGCCUUCAUUCGAAUAAUGGCGAUAUCAAACCUUCCAACGGACAUUCUGGCAAAUCAGAAGACUCAAUCUCAAAUAACAACAAAUGGCACUCGAUGAGCCCUCAAUCCUGUAACACCGCCUUGCUAGUUCAUCAAGCUAACAAAGUUUUGUCCCAACCAAACCAUCUUCAAUCACACCACAACUCUCACGCAGCAGCUGCAGCUGCGGCUGCGCUAUCGUCGCCUUUUACGUCACUGUUAGGAGCGACCGGUGGUGCGGCUUCUUAUCUACUUGGUGAUCAUUUAAAGCCUGCAACGGCGAACCAUCUAUUCUAAGGAAUCGUUUAUAUUAGGAAUUUUUAGCGAAAUUUGUGAAAUUUGUCAAUUUGUUGUAAAAAAAAUAGUUAUUAACCAUUUUUGUUUUUAUUUUAUAUUUAUACAACUAUUUUUGAGAUGUUAAAAUUGUUAAAAAAUGUGAGGACACCUUUAGCAGAAAAUAUAAAAUAUUUUCUAUUACACAAAAUUAUUUCAAACUUAGCCUUUUUCAAGGAUAUUCUCGAAAUAUAUUGCUAUCCCGUAAACUCAAUCUAAGUAGGUUUUGAAAACCAAAAUAUCAGUACUGAUUCCCGAGGUAUCUAAUAAAAAUUAAUUUGAUUUCUUUAUUUGACUACAGUAUGUUUAUUUUUAAAAAUAGGCAAUUUCUAUCAAGUUGGGCAUAUGUUAGCGCAUUUAAUUAUUUAAUUCGACGUUUCGUAAAUGCAGAAGUACCCAUCUAUUUCUCUAUUAGAACAUGGAUAGGUGUUAUUCCGAUAGAUCAAUUUUAUACUGAAUACAAUGAUAUAAUAACAUAUUCGGAUUGAACAUCAGCUAGUACGGACCUAUAUCAUGAAUUAUUUGAAAUAAGCAACUACCUACAUUUAUUUAUCUUUAAUAAUUUAAUUAAAAAAAAUCUUGUUACAAGGAUGUUUUUAUGGUUUUAAUUCGGAACUGACUUAACAUAGGACUCUAAAACACACAAAAGGCUUUAUAAAAUAGAUUAAAGAAGUAUAUUUGCAUUCUUAGUACCAGUUAUCUGUUUUAUGUCUUUUUCUGGUUGCAACUAUUAUUUUAAACCAUUUAUUUACAGUGAGGGAGUGAGGCAACCGUAUAAAGCAGGAAUCAAAGUAGUACAACUUGAUUAACUCUUAAAACACGUUCUUGCAUCUCAGAUAAACAAACUCGCCCAAACCACCAUCCCCACCCAAUGUAUCAACCGUCCCGCUCUUUCUAAUGCGGCAGUCUAUGCGACAGAUCUGUCUGUCUUAUAUAAUACAUACUCUGUAUGUUUUGAAUGAAUAAGGGCCUAAUUAUGAAUACAUGGAAUAGUUUAGUUUCUAUGUUAAGUGA